CCCCCCCCCCAUCCCGCGCCCGCAUAUUCUCACCCGCCCGUGAGAAUUCUGCACAGGGGGAUAACGGACUAGUCCGUCUCCACUUCGUCGCCCGGCUGCCCGCCUGCGUCGUCGCCGCCGCCGCCACCGCCCUCGCCGCGCGUGCCACUGCUUGCCCCGUCCGCCGACGUCUCCCACCACCGUCGUCCGCCACGCCCCGUCGCUCCUUCGGCCCACCCUCCUCCCCUCGUACCGGCCCAUCACACACACACACGCACACACACGCCCACACGCCAUGACCGGGUCUUCUGUUCCCACCGGCUUCGCCGUGUCCAGCAUCCACAACUCGGUGCUCGUCAAGGAUGACAUCCUCCUGCCGGGCUUCUUCGAGGGCCCGGAGAAGCUGCUCGAGGUGACGUUCGUCAUGCCGGGCGUCGCGCCCGCUCCGCCGGUUGCGGCCGCGGCGCCGGCCGCCGCGGCCACCGCCGGCGGCAUCGGCGCCGAGAUGCUGCGUCUCCUGGGCGCCGGCCCGGCGGCCUCGCUGUCAGCCCUGGCGGCGGACCUGCCGGCCGCGGCGCCGGUGUCCUGCACGGCCUCCUCCCCGGCCGCGUCGGCCGCCACCACCAGCGAGCCGGCCAAGGUCGGCCUCCGGGCCUACACCGCGGCCGAUUGGCAGCCCCUCCUGGACUCGGUCAACUGCCUGAUCAUCAACAGCAUCAGCAAUGCCUCGGCCGAUGCGUAUCUGCUGAGCGAGAGCAGCCUCUUCGUCUUCGCCGACCGCAUCAUCCUCAAGACCUGCGGCACGACCACCCUCCUCCGGUGCCUGAAGGGGCUGCUGGCCAUGGCCGCGCGCGCCGGCGCCACCCAGGUCGAGAGCGUCUUCUACUCGCGCAAGAACUUCCUCCAGCCGGCCGACCAGCCGGCGCCCCAUGUCAGCUUCGAGGCCGAGGUGGCCUGCCUGCGGGAGGCCUUCCCCCGGGGCCGGGUCCUGACGCUGGGCGACCAGUCCGGCGACCACUGGCACCUGUUUGCGGCGGAGACCGGCACCGGGCACAUGCAGAAGGUCCCGCGCGCGCCGCGGGCCCUGUGCCCGGCCACCGGCGGCGCCGGGCCCGCCCUCGAGGUGACCACCGAGAUCCUGAUGCACGAGCUGGACCAGGACCUCAUGCGGGUGUUCUACCGGACCGAGCCCGGGUGGCAGUCGACCGCCGACUCGACUCGCCGGUCCGGGGUCGGGGCCAUCCUGCCCGGGGCCCUGCUGGACGACCUGGUCUUCGAUCCCUUCGGCUACUCGGUCAAUGCGCUGCUCGGGGAAUUCUACUUCACCAUCCAUGUGACCCCGCAGGAGAACUGCUCCUUCGCCUCGUUCGAGACCAACUACAACCGGCCGGACCUGCCGGCGGUGGUGGCCCGCGCGCUGGCCGUCUUCCGCCCGGGGCGCUUCACCCUGACGCACUUCGACAAUGCGCCGGGCCUGCGUGCGGUGGCGGCCGCCGGCGGCCCGGAGGGCCCGGCCCGUGUGGCCAAGCAGCUGGCCCUGGCGGCCCGCCUGCGCCGUGACCUGGCCGCCUCCGGCGAUGACGCCGGCGCCCCGGCCGCCUCCUUCCAGCAUGGCUAUGCUCGUGUCGGCGCCGCCGAGCAGACCCUCUCCGCGCACACCCUGCAGUACAUGCACUUUGUGUCGACCGAGGCCGGCCGGCCUGUGUCGGCGCUCGACCGGCUCGAGUGCGCGGCCGACCUGUCGGGCCUCCUCGAGGAGGUGGCCGGCGGUCUUGCCUCUUCUUCCUCCCCUUCGGAGGAGGGCGCCGCUCUGGCGGCCGCCCCGGUUGUCGUCGGCCUGUCGACCACCACCUGCGUCUGAGAGCCCCGAGGGGCGGGCCAUGCGCCCUGCGGCGUCGGCGUCGGCGUCGGCGGCAACAGUGAAGGCGCAGGCCAGCCGGCCGGCAGGGGGGGGGGGGGGGAGCCAGUGCUCCCAUGCGCCGGUCGCGAGUGGCCAGCCUCUUCUCCGCGCACCGGCCACCGCGUGCCUGGUGUGUCUCCCCUCUCUCGCGCCUGCCGCGCGCCCUCCGCGCCCCCCAGCAUCACGUCCGCUGUGCGCCCUGUCGCGCCGGGACCCAGCCGCGCGCCGGGUUGCUGCGAAGACAUGUGUCCCUCCCGUGUUGUUGUGUCCCCUCCUGUCCGGCCUUCUCUCCCUCCCUCUCUCUCUCU